CUUACUUUCUAGUUCUCGCCCAUUUCUCAAUUCUUCUUCAAUUUCUAUUUCCUUCUCAACUCAGCUGAAGAGAGAGAGAGAGAGAGAGAGAGAGAGAGAUGGCGUGGUUGACCCGAUUCCUAACGGCGGUGGUUUUUCUCGCCAUCGGAGUAGUAUUUUCGCCGGAGACAUUCGGAUCGAACUCCAAUACCUUCAAUGCGCCGAAGCUUUCCAUGUAUCUCAAAUUAGCCCAUCUUCUCAGCUACUCCACCGCUUGGGGCGCCGCUCUCUGGGUCACCUUCAUCGGCGGCAUUAUCAUGUUCAAGAAUCUGCCGAGGCACCAAUUUGGGAAUCUUCAAAGCAAGAUGUUCCCUGCCUACUUCUCAAUGGUUGGGAUUUGCUGUGCCAUAUCUGUUGCAGCUUUUGGUUAUCUUCAUCCAUGGAAGUCUGCAGCAACUUCUGAGAGGUACCAGCUUGGGUUUUUGAUAUCGGCGUUUGCUUUUAAUUUGGCCAACCUGUUUGUCUUCACACCCAUGACCAUUGAGCUGAUGAAACAAAGACACAAAGUGGAGAGGGAAAGUAACAUUGGCGAGGAAGUUGGGUGGUCAAAAAAUGUAGAAGUGGCAAAAGUGAAUCCAAAACUUGCAGCAAUGAACAAGAAAUUCGGGAUGAUUCAUGGCUUAUCAUCUCUUGCUAAUAUCCUGGCAUUUGGUAGUCUUGCAAUGCACUCCUGGUAUUUGGCAGGUAAAAUUAAUCUGUAACUCAAAAAUUGUCCUUCCCCUUUUAAGUGUAUGACUGUAAUUUUACAUCCAUUAAGCAAUUGCCUCAGUGCUCUCUCUGCUAGACUGACAUAUAUUAUUGUAGUACAAUACAAUUGCCUGUUUGGAUGGUUUGAUAAAGAAAAAAGUAGGAAAUAAAAAUGUUCUAUUGAUAUCACUGUCUA